AUGACCUGCAUUCUGAUCCCUAUCGCUGCCAAGAUCGCCGAAUAUCCGGUCCAUCCGAUCCUUCGUCAGUUUGGUUACCUCUUCCGGUUCAGCAGAAAUGUCAGCAAUCUCAGUGAACAAGCAGAGAGGCUCAAAACUCUGCAGCUUCACGUGAAUCAACAAGUUCAAAGAGCCAUAAGUAGGGGAGAUCUCAUCGAACCCCAAGUUCAUCGGUGGCUCUCGAGUGUGGGGCAGAUCGUCAAACAAGUUGAGAAGAUUGAAGAACAGAGCAAAACUAGCAGAAGCUGCUUCGGUGGAUUUUGCCCUAAUUGUGUUACUCGCUACUGUAUCAGUAGAAAAUCGACGAAGAAGAUGAAAUCCAUUGCCGAGUUUCAAGAACAAGCCGGGAAUUUCGAUCGGAUUUCUCGCCCGGCUCCUCUUCCAGGCAUAGAGUACUCAUCCUCCAGAAAUUUCAUUGCCUUUGACUCGAGAAUCGAAGCUACAGAUCAAGUUCUAAAAGCCCUGGAGGAAGAUGAGUGUAAUGCGGUUGUUCUUCACGGAAACAGAGGGAUUGGGAAGACAGAAUUGGCCAAAGAAGUGGGAAGAAGAGCCAAGGAGAUGAACUUGUUUGAUGAGGUCGUCAUGGCUGUUGUUGAUCCUAAGCCCGGCAGCACCCGUGACGUUAGGGAUAUCCAAAACCAGAUUGCAGACAUGUUAGGCCUGAAAAUUCGAGAAGAGAGUGAUUCUGGAAGAGCUCGCCGUCUGUGUUUGAGACUGAAGAAUGAGAAGAAGACACUGAUAAUCUUUGAUGAUGUGAGAGAGAGGCUUGAUUUGGAAGCCAUAGGGAUCCCCUCAGGAUGCAAGAUAAUGAUAGCUACAGAGAAGGAAAACGUGUGGAGAGCAAUGGAAGAUGAAGGAGCGAAGAAGGUAGAGAUUAAGGCUCUAUCUGAAGAAGAAUCAUGGAGUUUGUUUAGACGUGUGACAGGUGAGAUUGUUGAUAAUGAUCCUACUUUCAAGGUUGUUGCAGAGGACAUUGUUGGAAAGUGCAGGGGAUUGCCUUUGAUGAUUGUAAGUGUCGGAAAGAGGGUGAAGCACAGGAAGAUUGAGGGAUGGAAGGAUGCAAGUAGGAUAAUUGGAAGACUUGAAACCAAAACUGGAAAUUUAGAUGAGCUUCUAAACACUUAUAUUUGA